AGUGUCGGCUUCAAACAAUUCUGAAAUAAUUCCUGAAAUAGUUGAGAGCCAAAUAGGUAGUCCGUACUAUGUUGCCAAAGUAAGUGUGGUUCCUGAAAACGAAAUUCAGCGGUUUCAGUUACCUCGAGAUCGCAGCGCCAUCUGCUUAUAUAAAACAACUAAGCCUUGUUCCUCCGAGCCCCACUUCUGGUCCAAUUAUACUAGAAGGCACGUAGCUAUCACAUCAUCACAAUGGCAGACCUCAGUGCGAGAGACGUUGAAAGAGCCAACUUCGUUUUCUCCAUUUACGAUUUCGAAGGAAAUGGCACAGUUGAUGCUGUCAACUUGGGGGACAUGCUCCGUGCCUUGAACCUGAACCCAACUUUGUCCACAGUUGAGAAAGUUGGAGGUACCAAGAAGAAGAAUGAGAAGAAAUUGAAAGUCGAUGAAUUCCUUCCCAUCUUCAGUCAGAUCAAAAAAGAUAAAGAACAAGGUGGUUUCGAAGAUUUCUUGGAAUGUUUGAAAUUGUACGACAAGGAAGAAAAUGGCAAGAUGAUGGCCGCCGAACUUUCCCACACCCUCCUAUCUCUAGGAGAAAGGCUAUCAGAUACUGAAACAGAUGAACUCUUAAAAGACUGCAUGGAAACCGAAGAUGAUGAUGGAUUCGUCCCUUACGAACCAUUCCUCAAAAAGAUGAUGGCGUAAAUUAUGUGAAGUUAAUUUUAGAAUUUAUUUUAACAACUUGAAAUGGACGAUAACAAUCUGUAUAUGCAGCAGAAGACCUAAUUUAUUCACAAGAACAACAAGAGUACAUUCACAAAGAAUAUCAUCAAGUGAAAAUUGAAUUUCACACUAUGAAUAUUGAUGUCGUAUUCAUUAAGACCUGAUAUAUUCCAAAAUACUAUAUUAUAUUGUCAAAAAUAAACUUAUAUUAUUAAUAAGUCCAAAUUUA